UAAGUAGUAAAUAAUAUUUUAAGUUAUAAUAUUCUAAUACACCUAACUUAAUUUUUGAUAUUUAAAUCUAAUUUAAUUGUUUUAUCUUCAUUAAUAAUUUAAUUUUAUCAAAUAUUUUUGUAUACUUUAUUAAUGUAUAAAUUGUUCUUAGACACUAGUGACUUGUUGAAUACAUCUUGAUAUAUAUAAUUAAGUACUAUACUUAUUUAUUUAAAAAAAUAUAAGUUCAGUUGAAAUGGCUUCAUAUAUGUUUCAAAAAACUAUAACUUCAAUUUGUACGUGUGGCUUACAGAAACUUUUACCUGAUCUGUUUUUCUGUCGUCAUUGUCUAACACUUCGUUGUGAUUUCUGCGUAAGCCAUGAAAUUGACACUACUUACUGUCCUCAUUGUUUUGAGAAUUUGUCUUCAACUGAAGCCAAGCAUAAAAAAAACCGAUGUGCUUCUUGUCUAGAGUGCCCACGGUGUUUUAAUACUCUUUCAACACGUUCAUAUUCUCGAACACCAGAACCAAAAAAACCACCUCAAAAAAUGUAUUAUUUACUCUGUUUAUUUUGUAAUUGGCGAUCUCAUGAGCCAAGCAUCCCUGAUCAGCCAACAUCAUCAGGAAACUGGCCAGUUAAUAAAAAUCCAAAUGAUGGUCGUAUUUUAGAUCUAAUUAAUCAUUAUAAAUCUGUUUCUUUAAAAGAAGUGUUUGAUAAGCAGAAAAGAAAUACCAAACAUUAUGGCCGUAAUUAUAUGCAUUUUUUGGAAAAAUUUGGUUUGAAUGCAAUGAUGGCACGGAAACGUGCAGGAUUACCAAAUUUUCACUCAGAUGGUACUGGUUUUAGUACUUCAGAAAUAAGUCCAGCUGAAGCUAUUGAAAAUGUUCCUGAAUUACCUAUAAAUAUAUUUGAAGAUAUCGUAGAUUUGAAACAAGUUUCAACUUUAGAACAACGUUUUGCAACUCCUGAACUUCAAGCAGAAAAUACAGAUGAUCUUUUUCCAAUUCGUAAACAUCUUCGAGUAAAGCAUUCAUUACGUUGUCGUGUAUGUGAACAUAAUGUAGUUAAACCAGAAUAUAAUGCUGUAAAGUUUAAAAUUAAACAUUUAGCUUACUAUCAUGUUCCAGAGAUAAAAAUAAUCAAAUGUGAACCAUUAGUAGCUGGUAAAUGGAGUUCUUUGAUACUUAAGUUGUGUAAUCCAGCACAAAUAUCUACAGCUGUGCGUUUUGAAAAAUUAGAUUUAAAUACUAUAAACAUAAUAAGAGAGCCGAGGCGACUAGAAGGGGAAGAUUUAAUAGCUACUCCUAAGCAAUUGCCAGAACCAAUUCCUAUUGUAUUAGAAUUACAUGGUGAUAUUAUGGUUCCCGAAGGUGAAAUAAAAAUUGCAGCUAGAGAUGAUACAGCUGAAUAUGAUGAUACAAAUGAAGUAAAUACAGACAAUGAUGAUCCAAAAUAUGUAUAUUGGAGAAAAGGCAACAAAGUUGCAUUAAAAUUUGAAGUAAAGCCUUCUGAAAAUUUUAAAAAAAAUGAAAAUUUACAAUUAGGAUUUGUUAUGCAUUUUAUGUAUAUGGAUACAAUGUUACAUGUUAUUAAUCAAAAACAACCUCAAACUGUAUUAGUGCCUAUAAACAUUUUACUGAAUUUACCUAACUCUUUAUAAUUUUUUAUUUAAUUUAAAAUACAUAAAAGUAAUUACAUUUGGUAUUAAAAAUAUGAUGUAUAAUUUUCUGAUUAUAGUCAUAUAACCAUAAAUAAUGAACAUGAAAUCUAUUUUUGUUUAAAAAAAUGUAUACUAAUUAAGUGGAUUAACCAUUCAAAUAAAUAAAUUUAAAAUAUAUUUUCAUAGUUAUUAGUUAACAUUGUUUAUUUUUAUUGUAUGAUUACCUUUGUAAUAUAUUCAAUUCAGAAAAUAGUUAAUAACUCAUUUAUUGUACUACCUAUACUAAAAAAAAUAUUUUUCAAUUUUUAGAAAAUUGUGAAUAAUUAUUUUACUAGUCAUUUAAAAAAUGACUAAAGAUUUACCUACACUGAUAAAUUAUAAGAUAAGUUUAAUUUAAUAAUUUAUUAGUUUAUUACAAAUAUUCAUAUUUUAUAUAAUCACACUUUAAACAAUGGACUUUAGUCCAAACUAAUUUGUUAAGUAUUUAAAAAUUAUAAAGUACAUUUUACAUUGUUUAGUUAAAAAUAAAUAAUAAAACAUUCAUUAA